GUAACAUCAGUACCACUUUUUAUAAACUUGGAAGUUAGACAUGGAGAAAAUACUAGUUUCUGUGCUGAUGUUGAUUUGUUUGUCCACAGUGACAACACACCCGACCUUAGUGAAAGACAUCAACAUGAAUGUUGAAAAAAGGGACAAUAACAGCGUUGGUUUUGAUGGUCCGCCACCUGAUGUACCAGACGAAGAUGAUCUUGCUGAUAGAACACCCGUUGGUCUUGAUGGUCCCCCUCCUGAUGUACCUGACGAAGAGGACGAAUCUGAGAUUAAGACAAGAUAUAUCCGUAACAUUGAGAAAAGAGACUUAAAGGGAACAAUUUAUAGUGACGGAUGUUUUUACCCGGGGGAAUUGCGUUACGGGAAACAGACAAGUGGACCAACCGUUGCACCAAUGGCACCUGGAACCGUUUUGCAGUACGAGUGCGACACCGGCUACACAAUGCGCGGGGAGGCGUCCAUUGAGUGUAAAUACCAUUCUAAAUUAGGACACUAUUGGAGUUUCUACAUGCCAAUUUGUACAAAGGAAUAUGACUACGACCAGGUACUACGUCUGUCAAAUAAGUUCUACGAAGCUCAACGUUCUGGUAAAUUACCGAGUGAUAACCGGAUAGAUUGGAGAGGUGACUCAGCCUUGGACGACGGGGCUAUGGCUGGUAAAGAUUUGUCAGGAGGAUGGUACGACGCCGGUGAUCACGUGAAAUUUAACCUUCCAAUGGCAUCUGCAACUACACUAUUGGGUUGGGGAUUCAUCGAGUUUUACGAUGCGUACGAGGCCGCGGGCGAGGUCGGACAUUUAAUGGCCAAUAUUCGGUGGUCCUGCGAGUAUUUUAUAAAAACCUUAGAUGACGACCCAGAUAUAACGAAGAUCAGAGUGUACUACCAGGUAGGAGAUCCGUUAAAGGACCAUAGCUACUGGGGGAAAGCCGAAAACAUGGCGGGAGACAAUCGCGACGUGUACACCUGUACGUGUGGCAGCCACUGUUCCGAAAUAGCCGCAGAAUCCUCAGCCGCCUUGAGCGUGUGUUCUAUAGCGUUUAACAUGUCCACACCAUACAGAGACGUGGCAUUCGCUAAAACAGCCUUGGAGACCUCUAAACGCCUUUUCGAAUUCUCUAAACACGGCGAGUGUAGAGGUUUUUACAGAAAAGAUGGAUUCUAUAAGUCACGGAGCUAUUGGGAUGAAAUCGUCGAAGCUUCCUUGUUCUUGUAUUAUGCUACGAGACACGGCGAAUACUUGUCUGAAGCCAGUUUGGGCUACAGUAACACAGAAGAUGUUGUUGAGCAUCUUGUUUCAAACGACAAUUCCGAUGUGUCAAUGCCAGAGAUGAACUCCGCCGAUUUCAUAACUGUCGCGAAGAGCGAGUUCUUCCUCAACACUGGCGCUGUUCAGGCCGUGGCGGCCUGCUUGAGUUGGGGUGAUAAACGCCCAGUUGUUCACCUACUGCUGUACAAAUUUCUCAAGGAGAAGGAUAUUCUAUCGACUGCAGAAAAAGACAUGAUGAAGAAAGCCCAAAGCAAGAUAGUUAUUUACAUGAACACAUGGAUGCAUGUUGUGGCCUCUGCACCUGGUGGUCUUCGAGUAAGGGACAUGGUCAAUGGCGACUGGGGAUCAAAUCGUUAUGCAGCGAACAGCGCGUUUGUUGCGCUUAUGGCCGCCCAUUACAGUUUGAAGAUGACGUACAAUUCACGAGAAUACUCAUUCUAUGAAUGGAGACGUUUUGCUAUUGAGCAAAUCCACUAUAUGCUAGGAGAUCAUGGACAAUGUUAUGUUGUCGGGUUCGGAGACAACUGCUGCAAACGUCCACAUCACAGGGGAAGCUCUUGUCCAAAAUCAGAUACUUGUGGCAUGACCUAUCUCAAUAUGAACGCUGACAAUCCAAAUAGAUUAGAUGGUGCAUUAUGUGGAGGACCUGACAUAAAUGGAGUGUACACAGACAAUAGAAGUGAUUACUUUCACAACGAGGUGACGUGUGAUUACAAUGCUGGUUUCCAGAGCUCAAUAGCAGGUACGCUGAAUUAG